AUGGGUCCAAAUGGGUCCGGCAAAAGCACCCUCGCGAAUGGCUUAAUGGGGCAUCCUCUCUACGGUAUUGAAUCCGGCGAAGUGAUUUUUAACGGGGUUGAUAUUCUGGAAUUGGAGGCCAAUGAACGCGCGAAACUCGGACUUUUCCUCGCUUUUCAGUAUCCAAUAGCGAUUCCCGGGGUCAGUUUGGCAAAUUUCCUACGGCUCGCAGUGAGCGCAGUCCGCGCGAAAGAGGGGAAUGGUUCGGGCAAUGACCAACUCAUUCCAAUGCGCGAAUUCCGUAGUGAGCUUCGUGAUAAAAUGAAAAAAUUCGGUAUUGACGAUUCUUUCGCAAGACGAUACCUUAAUGAUGGGUUCUCCGGUGGCGAAAAGAAACGCGCUGAGAUUCUACAACUCGCAAUGCUUGAACCCAAAAUUGCGAUCCUUGAUGAGACGGAUUCCGGACUUGAUAUUGAUGCUAUCCGAAUUGUCGGCGAAAGUAUCAGUCAAUUGAUUGGGCCGGAGUUGGGCGUGCUGAUUAUCACGCAUUACCCACGGUUGUUGGACUACAUCCGUCCACAGUUCGUGCACAUCCUGCUGGAUGGUCAGAUUGUUGAAUCCGGUGGAUGGGAACUCACACAGAUGUUAGAAGCAGAGGGCUACGAUCCGAUUCGUGAAAAAUACGGUAUUACCGAGGAAUAA